GUGUGAUGUAGCACUGAGCCACUCUCUUUUACCGUCCUCAGCCAUGAUUAAUAAAGUUGCCGUUUCCUGCUUGGCGACUGCAAAGUAGAUGCCGCUGGGCUUCAGUUAGCCGGGCAGCACAGAGGCAGCAGACAGACCCAUAGUCCAGUCUAGCUAUUUUUAAACUUCAAUGUGGGAAUCCUGUGGUCAAUGGUCUGAGAGCUGGGGCAAGCCAGGACAGGACUGGGUGGAAGAGGAGAGUGCGGGAGUACUCGACCAGGACCUAGGGAGAGACGAAGGACGUUGAAGCAGAGUGAGCAGUGUAGAAAGAGAGAGGGAGGGAAUGGGAGAGGAGGAAAGAAAGACAACAGCGAAAGCUCUGCCUCCAACGGCACCACUGAGCAGCGACGAGUCUAGAAAAAAAAGUGCCUACUUUCGCCUUCCUUUCACAAAAGUUUUUUUUCCUGUACGGUAGAGAAUAUGGACUAUAGUGGAAGGACACUGCGUAAUGUUUUUGGCUGUUCGCCUCCUGUGUCAGCUGUUCGCCUCCUGUGUCAUUUUAUCUGAUUCGCAAAGAUGACCGUGACGUCUCCCUGCACCCAGGGCUUGAUGGACAGCUCCCAUCCCCAGGCGCUCCUCAGCAGGCUCAAUGAGCAGCGCUCCCAGGGCCUCUUCUGUGAUGUCACCAUCGUGGUGGAGGAUGUAAAGUUCCGGGCCCACCGGAACAUCCUGGCUGCCUGCAGCGGAUACUUCCGCAGCGCCUUCACCUCCACUGAGGUGUGGACUUCCAGCCAGGUGCUGGAGCUCAUGGACCUGAGGUCUGAGGUGUUCGCCAGCAUCCUCAACCUCCUCUACUGUUCUAAGGUUACAUCAUCACCUAGCACAGAGGACACUAGAUGCCUGAUGGCAGCUGGAAAAAGACUGGGGAUUCCCUUCUUAGAGAAACUAGUGGAACAAGACAGGCAGGACUCAGGUGGGCCACAGAUCCAGACCUCAACCAACCCUGUUAAGACCACAGGCCGUAGUAAGGCCCAAGGGCCUCGUAAAGCAAAGAAAGAGACCUCCAGGCCAGUGGAACCAGACAGUGCUCGAGGCCCGAGGAUCACCAAUGCUUUCUCUAUCACUGAGGUGGGUCCCGGGAACAACCUCUUCACCCCACUAGACCUGCACAGGGGGGAGAGGCCAUCACCUGAUCUUGGACAGACCCCAGCGGGCUGCCCUUCCCCCUUCCCCCUCGCAGUGGACAAUGAGCCCAUGCAGGCGCUGUCAGAGCACUCCUACGCAGUCAUUAGCCAGGGACCCAUGGACCCUGAGCACAGGGAUGGCAACCAGGAAGACAACAAGAAGGGCACCAAGCCCACACAGUCCCAACCAAGACAACUGGCCAUCAGAAACAGUGGCCCACUCAAAAAGCGUCACAGACUGCGAGCCGCCUUGAGUAAAAGCACACCUCAAACACCGGCUGUAGCACAUGAACCUGUGCAUCCAACUGGAAGCAGCCCGACAUUAAUUAAGCCCAUUGUACAACAUGUGGGAACGUCACCCCCAUCAUUAUACCCGCAGACAAGCAGGACCAAUGAGCUGCCUCUAGCCAUUGAUAAUGGUUACAGGGAGCUGGACCCACCUCCACUUUCAGCCUACACAGAUGAUAGCAUAUCAAUCUACAGCUGUGAGCACUGUCCAGAGAUAUUCACCAAUAAAGCACUUCUCACCGUACACACAGAAAUGCACAAAAAAAGGUUUGUCAGUCAUUUGUUUUGCAAGUUUUGUCGCAGGAAGUUCAUGCAUUUGAAGCGGUUGCGGAACCACGAGACGGUGUGCACGAAAUCACAGAGGAGCUCGCCUGAACACGAGCCCCAAGGCAAAGAGGCCGGGGCAGACCAUUAUUCAGACAGCAUGCCAAGCACGACCAAUACAGUAACUAAUGUCCAGUUAUCUCCUACUGAACUUCCUGACCCUUUCCCUCCAACCAGCCUCCAAAUGAACCCCAAGUCAAAAACACUGCAGGCUGUAGAUAAGUUAGUGAAACCUAGUGGAGGCCAGAGGGUCUAUAACUGCAGUGUGUGUAAACGGGCAUAUGUGACCGUCUCCAGUCUGAAGCGCCACGAGAAUGUUCACUCCUGGCAGAGGGCAUACCCCUGUCACUACUGCAAUAAAGUGUUUGCCCUAGCCGAGUAUCGCACCAAACAUGAGAUCUGGCACACAGGAGAGCGCCGCUACCAGUGCAUCUUCUGCUUAGAGACCUUCAUGACCUACUACAUCCUAAAGAACCACCAGAAGGCCUUCCACGGAAUCGAUCCCAGAUUGUCUGUGAGUAAGAAGUCAGCAAAUGGAGGAUUUAAGGGCAGUGUUUACCCCAUCAAACUCUACAGGCUUCUGCCUAUGAAAUUUAGAAAGAGACGGUACAAGACUUACAGUCAGACCUAUUCAGAGGAGCUGGAGGGCAGUGAGCAGGCCCCGCUGGGCUGCAGCUCUCCCAUCCCUUCAUUUGAUGAUGGUGGUGCUAUGAGUAACCAAGACGCUGCUAUAUUCUCAAUGCCUGUGACAUUCAUGGCCACUCCAAAAGUGGUGGCAUCAGUAAUGCCACGCAUCAGUUUUGAUCAGCCCUGUGACCAAGAUGUGGACCAAGAUGCAGGCACAGGAAAACAGGCCUCUCACUCUGAGCAUAAUGGGCCUCCAUAUAGCUAUUCAACCCCCUUGGCCAUAAUGCAGGCAGGUGGGGAGUCCCCUGCAAUGGACUAUGGAGAUGGUGCCGCAUUCCAAAGGUUUAAGAACCAGGAGGGCAACAGUCACAAUCUACCAAUCCUAAAAAUUAAACCACCCAGCUCUCUGAACAGGCUAUGUGAGCUCUCAGCUGCAGCUCAGAGAAUUGAAGCCAUGACCAGUCAGCUUUUUCUGCCAGGGGCUGAGAGCCUGGUCACUAGCGAGACUGCAGGGGGGGGAACUGAAACGUACAUUGCCAAGCCUGCAUGUCCAGGUCCCUCCGUGGAUGGUCAUGUUCUACCCCUCUGCCAGAUCACAGUGAAAAUUGGCAACGAGGCAAUCAUUCGCCGAAGGAUCAAGGGCUCCAAGCUGUUCCCCAGGAAGAGGAAAAGAAGCAGCGGGAACCAGGUAGAGGAGAGGUGUUGGGACCAGGGCCGGCCUACAGAGGGCAGCAUGGAGAUCUCCAGCCUCCGCUUCAGGACAGAGGUCACUUCUGUCAUAGAGCCAGAGCCAUGUGAAGACCUCACUGACCGUGACACAGCUGACAGGCUCUGGCGUCCCUAUUACUCUUACAAACCCAAGAAGAAGAUUAAGAAACUGAGAUCCAAACACAGAAAAGAGAGACGUCGUCUAUGCUAUUCCAUGACAUCCUCAUUAGUGCCCAGGGCCAGCAAAGACUACCUGGAUAAAGGAUGCAGAGGUGCUGAAGAGAGCAUCUCCAGCGAGGGCACAGAGCUGAAACAACGUCUCAGAAACACCAGCCCAAAGACGGCAUACACCUGUGACAUCUGUGCAAGCACCUUCAUAACGGCAUCUGGUCUGAGAGCGCAUGUCAUUGGCUGUCACCCAACUUUCUGUCGGACCUGUGCAAAGCAGUGUCCCCCCGGCGAAGCCCCCAGUGCCAGCUUUGAGACCGCUGAGGAUAGCAGGGAUUACAUAUGCAAGAGCUGUAUGGAAAAUGGCUCCUGCUUUGACAAUUGUGCCCGCAGCCCCAGCACAGAGAAGCGGUAUCGUUGCUCCUUCUGCCCCCAGCGCUUCCUCUACCUCGCAACCAAGAAGAGCCAUGAAAAAAAACACCAAGAGACAGCAGGAAAGGGGUACAGCAGCGACAACUACUCCACAGUCCCAAAACGCCAAGCAAUUUUGGACUUAGGCUUAAAUCUGAAAAAGCAUGUCAUCAAAACAGAGGAAGGGGAGGAUCAAUAUAGCAUCGACAAGGAGGGCAAAGUGCCAGCGGGAUCACUAGGCAGGUUCUCAACAGAGAAGAUAGAGCCUAAGCAUGAGGAAUGGGAGGACACAGGUGACUACAUGUCAGUGGCGCCCGAGAAAGAUAUUCCAUUUAGAAUUAGUGAUGGACACUAUCAGGAAACUCCAAUGUCACCCCCCUGCACCGACACCUUUUCUCCUUCCCCUUCCAAGAUGCAGAAUAGAAAGCCUUCCCCUUCAGAGAUGCAGUACAGAAAGCCUUCCCCUUCAGAGAUGCAGUACAGAAAGCCUUCCACUUCAGAGAUGCAGUAUAGAAAGCCUUCCACUUCAGAGAUGCAGUAUAGAAAGCCUAAAAAGCGCAUUGAACACAAACAGCAACAUCAGACAAGCCUCACGUCCAAAAGGCAGAAUCAAGUAGACUAUAUCGGUAGAGAGACACCCAGCCAUAAGGCCCCUAUGACUACACCGGGAGCAGACAGUCAUUUUAGCUAUGGGCAGUCUUCUUCUACAUAUCUGAAAAGAGACUCUGUCACUAGGGCAACCACUCCCUCCUCGCCCAAGUCAGAGAAGAGUACAUACAGUGCAAAGAAGAGACCUCUUUACAGACAUAAUACUUAUCAUUCAGGAGGGAAAUACUUUUAAGUGAUUAUAUGCCUAUGUAGUAAAAAAACACAAUAUCAAAUAAUGUUUUCAAAGUACUUGAGGUGAACAUGAUUUAGUUUGGGUCAAUUCCUUUGUGUCCAUUAUUUUGGGCAAACUUAAAUCAAACUAACC